UGUUUUAUUUCCAGAAGUUGGAUUUCUAUUUAUUCUAGUUUCUCUGUGAGAGGGUGGGUUAUUCUAUGCAUGUGAUUGCUGGAAGGAUUUGGUCACUGCUUCGCACCAAGGCUGCGUACAAAGUCCAAUACGUGCCUUUAUAGUACUGGUUUUUUCGAUUGCUAUGUGUGUGUUAGUGGUAAUUUCAGGUUGUUGAGGUUUUGAGGAAGUGAGGGUAGUUUGUGAGGUCCGGGUGUCGCGUAGAAUUUUGUGUAUAGAGGAGUUGGAUUUGGAGUUGGUUGUGUUAAUAGUGAGUGGCAGCUUUGGUGUUGUUCUUGGGUAGUCGUGGGAGGUGAGAAGCGUCUUUCUUCGUGGCUGUUAAAACGUAAUCGGGACUUGUAAGCAAGCGUCUGUGUCGAGAUUUUUAGUGGCGGUGUUCAGCACAAGUGAUUAAGUAUCUUGAUUGAAAGCAACCAUGGGUACUGCGCAAAGUCGCGAAGGCGAGUUGAGGGAUACGGACUCCGACUCCGGCACAGAGUCUGGGACGGAAUCUGAGACUUCGACCUCUCAAUCAAGUGCCACCGAUAGCUUCCAUUCAACAAGCGGGGGAGCAUCCACGGGGACAGUUUUAGGGACUCCAUCGAAAUUUAAGAGUGAAGGCGCCACUUCCAAAGCCAAGCCUGAUGCUCUGGUUUCCAAACUUGGUGGUCUUUCCUUGAAUAACAUGCAGCAGACGAUGAACAGAGUGAAAUUAUACCAACAUGUGGGUGGUACCACUCCUGCUGCAAAGUGGGUGCCAGUAGAGAAACAGAUUGGCUAUGAGUUUGUACGGGAGGAUGAGGAGGAUGACGAUGGCGAAUGGAAGCUCAACACAAAGAAUUUCAGGAGUUGGUUACUCUUAGUUGGGGGGAAAUUUGGUGCUCCUGUUGACGACAACUUGCAGGCAAAAUUCUUCGACGACCAACUGCGAGUGGACUUCAUUUGGAAAGGUGUCUGGGCCAUGAAGUUCAUGAAUUCAACUGAUUACCAUACCUUCGUCGAGAAGUACAAUAAUUGCUUGUUUGAAAAUGUUCAUGGACUUCCUCCUACGGAAGAAAACAAGAUCAAAAUUUUUGGAAAGGACUUCGUUGUGUGGGCAAGGGGGGAAGCGGAGGAUGAAUCCAUAUGGGCAGACGCGGAGAACAAUUUUGAAGAGAAGCAGAAGGCACUUCGCGAGACCUUGCGUGAAAGGGCUAUGACCGGAGUGCAGAGUCUAACAAUGGGAGCCUUGGAUAACAGUUUUCUGGUUGGUAAUUCUGGAAUUGAAGUUUUAUCGAACCUUUCAGAAGGUGUACAUAGUAGGGGCAUCACACUUACCCUUGCAAACAAUAAGAGUUCUUCGUACCAAACUCCGAAGAAAGGUAUGCUCAUUCGUGGUGAGCGGGAUAUGAUGGUCUUAAGUCCACAGGAGCAGGGCGACCCUCAUGCCAAAGGAGUGAGUCAGCUUGACCUGACCACAGGGAAAACUGUCGCAAAUUGGCAGUUCGAGAAGGACGGCACUCCGAUCUCUAUGCUGGAUGUGACAAAUGAUACAAAAUCUUCACAGUUGGAUUCUGCAUCUUCGACAUUCCUGGGUUUAGACACUAAUCGUCUUGUUCGUUGGGACAUGCGUGACCGACAUGGUAUUGUGCAAGAGGUUGCUAGUCCCGUUUUGAACUGGACCCAAGGUCACCAGUUCGCACGAGGCACAAAUUUUCAGUGCUUCGCUACUACUGGUGAUGGGAGUAUUGUGGUGGGCUCAAAAGACGGGAAGGUAAGACUGUACAGCACUUCGUCAAUGAGGCAAGCGAAAACCGCAUUCCCAGGUUUGGGAUCUCCCAUCACCCACGUGGAUGUGACUUACGAUGGAAAAUGGAUACUUGCAACCACCGAUACGUACAUGAUCCUCAUUAGCACAGUGUUUAAGGACAAGAACGGCGAGAUGAAGACUGGUUUUACUUCUCGAAUGGGAGGGAAUAUUGCUGCUCCACGGCUCUUGAAGUUGAAUCCUAUUGAUGCGCACAAUGCAGGCAAGGGACACAAGUUUCACGGAGGCCAAUUUUCCUGGGUGACGGAGAGCGGGCAGCUGGAGCGAAACUUGGUGGUCUCUGUAGGGAGUUACACGGUUAUCUGGAAUUUCAGGCGUGUUAAACAGAGUAAUCAUGAAUGCUAUAGACACGAGAAAGGUCUCAAGAGUUGCUACUGUUACAAAGUUGUGCCGAAAGAGGAAUCAAUUGUGGAGAGCAGGUUUAUGCAGGAAGGACAUGCAGGCCUUGGUAGAGCUCCUUUGGUUGUAGCUACGUCAAAAGAUUUCAGUUCAUUUAACAUCAACGACAUGGAUAGUCAAGACAGUCAAUGAGGUGGAUCUGUGGCUUCAAUAAAUUGGAGUAGUGGCAGCGCGGAUCAUGGAAGGACUUCGCUGGCUCUCAUCUAAGCCUCACUACUCUCGCAAACAUCAGCGUUGUAGAUAAUAGCAUGCUAUACGAAAAAGUUUCUUAGAAGAACAAAUAACAUUUGUCGCUGUCAUGGAACUUUAUUCAGUCAGUGAAUUCGUGGACUUGAAGUAUAUUGUAGUGUAGAAUACAGAGCGGAAAAAUAAAGAACAUUCACAGAUAGGAGUCAACCUCUGAGACCAGACGAUUUUAAGUGUAACUGGCCCUCACAAGUCUUUGUAAAAUUAUCCUCCCUUGUAAACCUUCUUUCAAAAUCUGAAUUUUAUCCGAU